AUGGUUGUGGACGACGUUCAGUUCCUGAAUACCCUCAAGGGAAAACGCAUCAAACUUACCCUUAAGACUUCAUCUUACCUCGGCGUCGUCCAACGUAUCACUUCUAACAAGACACUGAUUUUGGCGGACGUUGUUCGUGGCAGUAAUGGCUUCAAAUGUCCUGGCUCAAAAAUGUUCUUCGGGCAUGAAAUUCUGAAUGUGGAGUUUACCAAUGAAGCAAACACUACCAUUGGAAAUAUUCAUGACCACCGAUUUGAAGAGCAUUUGAAUGUGGAAAAGUUUCAGCCAUACAGGAAGACAAUCACAUUUGAUGGUGAUGAAGAUGAAGAGGAGUACAUCAACUUUGUAGUCAUUGAUGAGUUUCAUGAGAAGUUUGUGUCUGCUGUAAUGCACAUCAAGAAGCAGCAUGUGAUAGGUGUGGGCGCUGAUGGAGUCGAGGUAUUUAAGCAUGGGAGACUGUGUUGGCUGCAGGUUGCCACUAAAAGCAAGGUAUACCUGUUUGAUAUUCUCUUACUUGGAGCUCGGGCCUUUAAAAACGGUCUUUCCAUGAUCCUGGAAAGUAAACGCAUACUGAAGGUCAUUCAUGACUGCAGAGCCAUUGCUGGAUGUCUGAUUGCUCAGUUUGGAGUAAAGCUAACCAACGUCUUUGAUACGCAGGUGGCAGAUGUCAUGUGCUUCUACUCCGAGACAGGAGGUCUCCUUCCCGACAGAGUCAGUACUCUGCAGGAGGUGGUGAGUCUCCAUCUGAAGGUGCCCUCCUCACAGCUUCUGUCCCUUCAGAUGAUGUCCCAGCUCACCAAGGAAGAACUGGAGAUGUGGUGCAAGCGUCCCUGUCCUGGACCCCUGCUUAAGGUGAUGGCUCUGUCAGUGAUCCAUCUUCAGCCUCUCAGACUGGUGCUGCUGGAUACUGUCAUGACAGACUACAUGGCCUUGGUGGAUUCAUACCUCAACAGCAGCCACUACCAACCUGAUGAAUUGGAGCAUGUUAGCAUGGAGAGUGUGUUGGAGCUGCCCAGAGAGCUCAGGCAGCUGGAGCAAAUGCGUCGUGAGCGGCAGAAGCGGGCUGUAGACCACUACCCUGUCACAGAGGAAGGUCUGCUGGCACGCUUCAACCCCCGAACUCAGACUCCAUCCCAGCCCUCACUUGUAACAGAGGAGCACGGCCAGACACAGGUAGAAUCCGUUGAACCUGCAAAUGUGGAAUCCCCUUCACAAGUUGACCCUUUCCUUCACAAGCUGCCCACGAGCCCUCCAAGAGUCAACAAUGUUUUGUCUGAGGAUGUCCAUGCCUCCCCUGACCCUGCAGCCACUGUAUCAGACCUCAGGAAACAAAUGGCUGUUACCAGUCCCCUGACACUUGGUGUAGGCAGAGGGCACACAGAGGUACUGAUGGACCCAAUAGGAAGAGGAAGUCCCUUUGGGAAAGAGCAGUCAUCCAUCCCUGCCAUACCUGCCAUAGGAAGAGGCUUCCUUCUCCAAAUAUCACAAGAUCAGAUCCCCAGAGAGAUAACUCCUGGUAGGAUGGGGGCGGCUACUUCGUGCCCCAACCAUACACUUGCCCAAGAAGUGACGUCCCAUCCUGGCCCCAGUGUUCAUGACCUGCCAAAGGACACUUUUGGCAUGACAGGAGAACAAUUCAGAUCGACACCCAAGUCCAUCCCAUCUUCACUCAUGCAGUCAUUUGUGUCUUUCAGAUACUAAAGGAAGUGUUAAAGCUAUAUAAGAACAUUUAUUACUGAUGUUUGCGGUUCCAUGUUUGUGAUUUCUGACCAGUAGAUGGCAGUAAAUAUUGUUUUGUGCAAAGGUUUGUUUGAUGCCAGGUGUUUGUGAAAAGACUUUAUAUAGGGAAAAAAAUAAAAGAUUCAGUUGUUUGGAUGUUUAAUACCAGUUAAAUAAAAUAUAUUUGUAUUAUUUGCA